AUGCUCAACCAACUGUAUAAGCUCCUGGACAACCGCUUUCCUGCAAAGUCAGUGGCCUACCCACCUACACGAUACUUCAACUUUGACUUCACCAAUAAGGUUUCUCACCACACAAGUCCUGAGGGACGAAAGGGUUCGCCGUCCACGCCGCACGACGUAUUUGUGCGCCACGUUCCAAACUAUCAUUCUGCCCCGACGACGCCAGCCACAGAUGCUGUCGCUUCGCAAAUCUCCGUAGCGGGAGGCGAAAUAGUUGAUGGUGACGGCUCGCGCACGCUCAAGUACAAUCUCCCCUCUCUGAGUUCUGGUCCUCGUCGUUCUUCGUUCCGUCGGGCUGCCUACAGACCUAAACAACCCAUCGACGUGAAACAGCCACAGAGCUGCACUGACACAGUGACGUUGAACCCCUCCAAUCUACCCCUGAACAAGAAGCUAGUUCCCAUCUUAAAAAAUUCCUCUAGUUACUGUUCCAACAAAGAGAACGAGAACAGCAGGACGGACAGCGACACAUUAGCACCUCGGCGUAAGCACCCGUCAAGGUUAAAACGCGACCAGAAGGACGGUGGAUCCAAUGCCCAGCAUACGAUUGCAUCAAGUCUGGUCAGAAAGCUAGCGCGUUUUACCGCUUCGCAGACAAGCGGUGGCGUUGUCGGGAACGGCGGCGGUCGUAAAAAGCGAUGUGACGGGAUUGGUCAGGCGGGAAAGGGACCUAUCGGCGCAUGGGUGGACCACCACGGCCCCGGCCCCGUGGACCGCCACGUCCCCUGCCACGCAUGGUAG